AUUUAUCCAGAGUUCCUCACUACGAUGUGCCUCAUGAUCGGAUCGCGGUUCUGGCCCGUAAAACUCCAAAAUUUAGUUUUAAAUGUAACAUUUCGACUCACUCGGGCUCACACCCACUUCUACUCGCCUUGACUCGUAAUUCACAACUACGCAGAUUCAUCACGACUCAGACUGAGACUCGCGCCCACUCGAACUCUCUCGGACUCGCACACACAGAGACUCACGGGUGUCUCUGGAAUAAUUUUAAUCAUCUGCUAUCCUUUAGCGUUCAUCGAAAUGUCAGCACCCACAAGCGCCUUCGCACUACGUACUUUCACGAGCAUUGUGAAUGCAGCUGUUGCACCCACAAGCGCCAUCGCACUACGUACUUUCACGAGCAUUGUGAAUGCAGCUGUUGCGGUCUAGGAGUUCCUUCAGUACAGAUCAGACAAACGAAGUUUUCAAACUUUUCCCGCCAAAAUAUGAUUAUGUCACAUAGGUUCCAAUUGGUUCUAAUGCGCUGCUUACGCGUACAACUACAGUCCUACGGUUUAGAGUAACAUAAACAUAUCUCAAGGAUGUAAUCUUUUGUUACUUGAGCUUCAAACCUUCAAACACGAAGCUUCCUUGGCAGCUUGUUGGCAGCUAUCCAAACCGUACGAAAUGUUCUUUAACAACUUCUAUCUUUUUUUUUUUUUUGACGAACAAAUAUCUACAGAAGACGCGUAUGCAAAUUUUCAAAAAUAUUGAAAACAAUGAUGAUGAUAAUGAUGAAUGUAGAUGUUGCUGCCGUCUGGUGUGCGUAAAAGAAACAGCGCAACAAAUUGCAUGUGCUCCGAGAUUGAAUGCCAUUGCUGCUCUCGUACGUAGCAUUGCCAUGGCGGGAGCUGCGCUUGGGCUGCGUGCAGUGUCGCCGCCACGGUCGCCGCUCUCGUCUGUGCAUUUGUCGCCAGCUGCUCCAAAGGCCUUAUUCUGAAUGCAGCUGCGGUGGCUCAAUUACCAUGGGGCCUCGCUGCAGAAGCCGAGGGAGGGGCUGCUGGCUCCAGGACGCUGCGACAUUGAGGACGGCAGCAAGUCUCCCAUCCCAAAGCGAAACGGCGCUGCUCAGGCCCUGCAACAAUGCAGUGAGACAAGUGGGAACAUGUAAGGCCAUGGUGCAAGGUCACCAAGACAGGCUGCAGCAUUUGGGAGAUGCAUUUGCAUGAACUUUGCCUGACUGGCGUAAUGAAGAAGCAUGGACAAGCCCACUCUUAGGAGAGACGCUGCAAGGAGGCGCCGGUGCAGAGUGGCCCUGUUUCUGCUGCUGGGCUAUGCAUUAAUUGUCGAGUGGCUCGUGUACUUGGUGGCACCUUACUGGAACUGGCCCUACCUCCCGCUGACUGCUGGGAUCGGCACCAGGCUCCUGUUGGUGGCAGACCCACAGUUGCUGGGGCGUGUCAACACUGCACCUGGAUUGUUCGGCAUCAUUGAGCGCUGGGAUGCUGAUAGGUACAUCAGCAAAACAUUUGCCCUGGCCAAUGACUACUUCAAGCCACAUGUGGUCAUAUUUCUUGGAGACCUCUCUGAUGAGGGCGAGUUUGCCACUGAUGAUGACUUCCGGUCAUAUGUAGAGCGCUUCUUUGACAUCUUCACACACAUUGACUACAAACAGGCUAUUUUUCUUCCUGGAGACAACGAUAUUGGCGGAGAAAGAAAGUCCGUGGGCAAGGCUGAGCUGGAACGCUUCAACUCUUACUUCCGCAACGACACCUUCUUGACUUAUCGUGGCAUCGACUUUAUCAAGGUGAACUACCUGACAACCUCAUAUGCCUACCGGUCUCACCUGUCCCAGCUGGGAAGCAAUGUUCGCUUCGUCCUCUCUCAUGUGCCUUUAUCCACAAGUUACGGUCACUAUAUCAAGGAUGUAGUGAAAGAACUGAGACCUGACGUGAUGCUGGCUGGGCAUCGUCAUGAGUCCGUGCACCUAGUGGCCGAGCAGAACACCGGCAGUGUAGAGCACCUGGAGUUGCGCCUGGGCUCCAAUCGGCGGCCCGUGAGGAUGGACCUAUCAGCAGGACGCCUGCACGAGCUCCGGCUGCCCCCUUGCUCCUAUCGCAUGGGCACCCAUUGGGUCGGUUUUGGAGCAGCCAUCCUCGAUCCUGAUCGCGUCCUGACAUACGGUGUGCUGUGGUCCCCGGACCGGCUGCUCUACCUGGCUGGCUACCUGGUUGUGCUGUUUGUCUGUGCCGUCCUCUGCCUUCCUGCUGCAUGGCAGCUGUGCGGCUCUGUAUGGCGCCAAUUGUGCCCAGGGAAGCCUUCGCGGUUCUAUAGUGGAAGUUUUCUGCCAACUUUCCACUGAUGGCACGCAUGUGUGUAUGUGUGUUUGCCAGUCACAUAGCCAGGGGGUGGCCACAGGCAAAAUGGCAGUUGGCUGCACUGAGGAGCUAUUAUUUAAAGUGAUAGACUAGCAUACACCUCUCCCACUGCGGUGGCUGAGUGGCUACAGCAUUCUGCUGCUGAGCACAAAAUUUCCAGUUUGUUUCUGGCCAUCACAGCUGCUGCUGCAUCACAGUCAAAGGGAAAUGCAAAGAUGCUCAUGCAUAGAGCUUUGGGUGCCCAUUAAGAAGAGCCCCGAGUGGUCAAAAUUAAUGUCAAGCUUUCUAUGCAGCAUCUCUUAUAGCCGCUGUGUUGCUUUGAGACAUUAAAUGCAGCGAUUCAGUUGAUCAGUAAACUUCCUAUCCAGAAGAAAACCCUGGCUGUGUGCCUGGUGUGUGCCAGCUGUUGAAGGCAUUUCCCGUUGCAAUUUCUUGUGGUAUUUUUUUUUUAGCAAUGCUGCAAUACUUGCUGCUUCCCGCUUCAUCCGCUCCUUGACUUCUGGAAGUAUGCACGUGAUCUCUGUAGUUCUCACAGAGGGGUUUUAUGACAGGCAUGUGAUGCAAGUAGGGAAGCCACAAACUAUAGCAAUGUUACGUUUUGUAUGCAGAAGGGCACUAAAGGCAAACAUCAAUUUAGGAAAACUAUAGGCUGGUGCUGGGCAUCAGUCAUAUCAGGAGCAGGGCAUUUCUCAGAAAAUGACAAAAAUUUUGCAUAGUUGAGCAUCAGGUGAAGUCACUUCCUUUAGAGCACUUCUGUUUGUGUGGUUAUGCAGUCAGCACUAGUGCCUUGAUUUCUUGGAUUGAUUACAAUAAUGAAUACUUCAAUGUCGGGUCCCAGAACAAAUGCCAGGAGCAUCUUCAAGAGCCACACUGUACAGCCAUCAAAAAGAAAAGCCACAGUUUAAUUUGGGUUGGAGGGCCCCUUUAGUGCCACUGCUUGGUUGUCUUAGCUGUUGCUCUGUUUUAUUCCCACAGCCGUUGUCGCCCACAUUCAUUUUUCGACUCUCUGGAUGUUCUGUAUAUUGGCAAGUAGCCUUUUUGAAGACCUAAGCUGGGCUCCGGGAGAAAUGGUAUUGCAGGCAGUGUUUUGGGCCCCUGUCUGAACCAGAAUUAAUACAGGCGACAGCUCUCUCAUCUCAAACACCUCUUACAUCUGGUGGUGAGUGGGUGGGCUGUUUUCUAUUGUCACAAAGUGUGCUAUGACUUAGCUGUUCUUGAUCCUAUCCACUGUGAAAUUUAAGUACUGGGUGCGCAAGGUGUUUGACUACAUAAUGAUGACUUCAAGAAUAGCAACAUUAUUUCAGUCAAGAAUAUGAAUAUUUGUUCCGAAUUAAAUUGUUUCUUUUACCACUGUUUUCUGAGGCUGUUGAAUAAAACCAUCUUCAGCCUCAAUUAUUUACUGAAUUCGACUUUGGUAACGGCUGCAUGCUUGGCUCACAUAGUGCAGGUUAAUGUUGGGCAGUUCUUCCACAAUUGCAGCUUGCAGCGAGUUUUCAACAUUGCGUGGCUGCUUGUCAGCUUCCUUCUCAGUGACGCUACCCACACAUAGCAGCAUAGUAGAUUUAUGUUGGGAACCAGGGACAGCACAUUGAGGGUGCCGUGGCCGUAGAUGUUCACAGCCAGCCACUCUUAGGUCACGCAGGCCCUGUGGGAGUAAGCAAAUCUAUUACUAAAGAGUGGUGCUUAGUGAUUUCAUGCACAGAAGGCCUGGCUGUUGGCUCUGCCACUUGAAGCUGCUCGGCAAUGGUCAUUAUUGACCUUUCAGGGUUCUCGCUCAUCAUGGCCUCCACUUGCUGGAGAAACUCAACUGCCUGAGGGGUGUCUGACCACUGGCAGUGCUAUUUUGUCUUUGUCUUGGGUGAUAAUUGGCCAAGGCCAUAAAGUGUUGCCUCACACCCCCAAAGAAAAAAAAGAAUUUGCCAACAUUCAAUAAGGAGGUGAUGUCCAAGUCUUCAUUUUCUUCAUGUAAGGAACUAGGACCGCAUACGGAUUCAUCUCUUGUGUCAGACUGAAAGGUGACACCCUGGAAUAAGUGCGCUAGAAUGGUGACAGAGGGGUUGGUGAAAAUGAAGUUGCCACCUAGACAGAUGGAAUGAAAAUGUUGGAUGUCUGUGGUGAUUUGAAGCUGUGUCUUCAAGUACCUUGUGCACCCAGUACUGGAACUAACUGUAGAUAUAGCAGUACACUUGAGGCUUGUCCAAACUGCCCAGUGACUGCUUGGUUAAUGAACCAGGUGCACUCUUUGAUGUAAUACAAGUGCUGUUUUCAUUUUUAUUUCAGUGCUGUAAAUGUGGACAUUCACAAAGAGUCCAUGCAUGUGUGUUAUGAGGAGCAAAGGACAUGGGUUCCUCAGUACUUUUCAAAAAGUGGUGGGGUUACCCUAUGUGGAAUGUGUGGGAAUCCCUGAUAUCUACUGUCUGUGUAGUGCAGCCAAAGCUACACACUGUGUAAUGCAAUGAUUGGAGCGCAGAUAGUCCUGCACAAGCACAGGAAGCCAUGCUCACCACAAGCAGAGAUUGAAGCGUCUUGCAAUACUUCAUAGUGGUAUCCCGCUUACUCAGCAUGUGCAAGUCACUCACAGAUGCUGGCACCAAGCCAGAGCCCCUCACAUAGUCGCUUUGCUGUCAUCAGCCUGGCUGUUAGGUGUCAUUGCUUGGCUUCAGCCAAUGAUGCUACAGUGAAAUCCUGAUCAUUUGAAAUCUCUUAAUUCGAACUGACAAAGUCCUAUGUUGUAUUCGAAUUGAGAAGAACUCCCUCGAAUUCGACCUCAAAAAACCACGCAGCAGUUAUUUUGAACAAAAUUUCUCAUUUCCAUGGAGCACUUUUCAAACAAACCUGAGCCAAAGGCGAAGGCUUUAUGCAUCGCUAGCUGCGUUCAUGUUGCACACCGUAAAAAUGACAAGGAAAGGCGCACUAGGAGCCGAGACCGAACUGGAGCAAGCAGAGCAGCACAUGCCUUCCUUUCCCUUCCGGUUUGGAAGAAGCAGAAAGGAGACCUUAGUGCGAGCUUGAUCACGUCAUCGCCAACAUUUGGCAUGCAGGAGAAUGACGUGCAUCAAGCCACCAUACUUACCGGCUCACGUUUGCACGUUUUCUCUCACAUCCACAGCAAACUGCACACGAGGCGCGAUCUUAUCCGAUUUGGACUUUAUACGGAACUUAGGCUUCUUCCAGCACAUGUCGUCGUGUGCUGGAAGAAACACACGACGAAAGAAGAAAGAUGACUUUCAAUGCGAGCUUAAUGACGAUUUUGUGUGCUGUACUGCACAAUUGAUUGGGUGCUAUAUUUGAUUGGGCUCUCCUUAGUUUGAACUCCAUUUUAUUUGAAUAAAUUUUCGGUCCCCUUGGAGUUCGGAUUAACGAGCUUCUACUGUGCUAAAUACUUCAGUGGUCUUACAAGUGACACAUCACAUCCUGUAGCUCUGGCUGCACUGCACAAGUGUCGUGAGAUGGAGUGUGGUUAUAUGUGCCUGGCACACAUAAGUGGCCUGGGCUGUUAAGCUGCUUCGGAGGUUUACUGGCACUGGUUUUGUCACGAGUCAAGACAGCUGAAAGUGUGCACAUGGCUCACCUGACAGCAUGAGACAGCACCUGACAACAGUUCCAAGUUACUUCACAAAGUUUUACUUGUUUAUCCCUGCAAAAGAGCACAGCACUUGUGCAUAUUUUGAAUGGCCACCUACAGGCACACUGCUUAUUAUCACACUUUUUUAUGUAAGCAGUUUUGUUUGUUACCAAGGUGGCACUUGCUAAGAAAAUGCACAGGAUUAUUGGGUCACUUUUUGAGUUGAUUGCUUGUUCUGCACAGUCCAGUGGGGCUGGAACAAGCAGAACAAGCUUUAGAAAGCUGUGGCCCUCAGUCUGAAGAUAUGCAUGCGUCUCACAGGGAUAGUUCACAACAGUCCCUGCUCUGAAGGUGCUGCAGCACAAGUGUCUCUGACUUCAGGCAGGCAAUACUGGAUGUCAUCUCUGUGACCAUGAUAUGUCUGCUGAACCAUGCUGAAUUUGCAAAAAGUGCAGCCAAAUGGGACUCUGUGUAAAGUAGAACAAGCCCUGGUUGUGCACUGCAACACAUACAGCCUGAAGCAGUUUGGAGGUGGUCACUUUUAGGCUAACUGUACCAAAUUAGGCAUCUGCUGCAGAGCUGAUUUUUGCAGAGAAAGUAAGAAAAUGGCAUCUCUUCAGCUAGCCAUUUAUCUCUGCCACUGUGUUCAUUACCGUCACAGUAAGGCAAGCCACCACUGCUGCGAGAAGUGGCUUGGACGUCUGGUUUAGUCGACGUUAAUGCAGUCAUCCUCAGGUCACUUUAUACUCUGCACUUGCACAGCACGUAUGUUUUACAUGUUACAAAGCUCAGUGUCAGGAACUUUAGAUUGCAUUUGGUUGAGUAUUUAGUGCAAUGUUUCCUCCUUUUUCUACUUUUGUUAAGCAUUUUGUUAACCAUGGAAAGUGACUUAUUUUCAUAUUAUGUACUUACAGCCUUUGCUGGAAGGAAACUAGUCAUGAUGACCUUCCUGUUAUGUGGAUGCUGCAUUUUCUGAAUUCCCUGACAUGCACUACACUUGUGCUGAAUUUUGGCGUACAGUUCUAAGGGAAGAAUAACGGUGCUGCCCUAAGAGAGCACGAUGUCUACAGAAUACUUCGCACUGACAGUUUGGGCUGUUGUCAAUGCAUCUGCACAUGUUGCAGAGCAGGUAAUCUAUAAUGCAGACUAUAUAUAGUACAUUGAGAUCAAGCACUAAAGAUCUGAUUUUAGUUUACAUUCUGUCACUCAAGCAAAAGAAAAGGUAUACUUAAAAGCGUUCAUUAAUAUUUCGGUUCCACAAGCAUUGUUUAGAUGUAGUUAUGUCCUCUUAUUCAGUUCAGUUGUGGGCUUUUUAAUCUGAAACAUUUUGAUGUCCAUUGUAGCACUUGACACAUGUCAAAGUUUGUGUUCUUUAUCAAGUAUCCGGCAGGGCUGUUCUAAGACUUUAAUGUCUUACUAGAGCUGUAUGUGUGUGGUCUGGGGCCAUUUUCCAAUUUCAGUUCCUGCAGGGACUGUCCUCCAGCUGCAUGCACUGAUUGGUUGGGUCAGUGAAAGCAGUUAUACUGAUCCACUUGUGGUAAAAAGUAUAUUUCCACUUACUACGCUCUUUUACCUUAAAUUAUAAAGGCACAUCUGCUGAAAGUGGAAUAACUGACCAUCUUAUUUUACAUGAAAAAUACAACAUUCAUUCAAGUUAUUGGGUGGAAGCCCUUUAAUGGUAUCAACUUCUUUAAGUAUUAUUUUUAAUAAUUUCUAUCUUUUUAUUUUUUUCCCACAGCUAUAGCUUCUACACUACAGGCAUGGCUUCAUGUUGUGGUGCCACAUUUAGUCGCUAAAGCAAAUCAUCCAAGAUUAUCAUGUGUGACUGAUCGUUGAAGCUGCAGAAUGUACCGUAGAAUAGAUGCAAUGGAACAUGGUGCUGCAUCAUGCUCAUUAACAGCCUAAUUCAAUAUGUUUCAGUGCUGUAGAACACGCUGUGUCAGCCACUUAGUGCAUGUACCUGAAGAACGAGUCCUCCGAGGCAUUAGGCUCAUAGUGCACGUUUCAUCAUAGUAUUCAUUGUGGAUCUUUUGGCACACUACAACAGCUGUAUUUUAGCUGGGACUCCCUACAUCAUCAUCAACCUGUUCAAACCCACUGCAAGAUUUCCUGUUGCUCAUUCUGUGUCAGCCGACACCUUGACCUCUGCCACCUUCAACUGCAUAUCCCUUCUCUUCGCAUCCAUUCACCUACACCAGUGGAGUUCCGAUUAUUUGCUCUGCGCAUUACGUGACCUGCCCAGCUCCACUUCUUUCUCUUAAAUUGCACUAGAAUAUUAGCUGGCUGUACGUGUUCUUUAAUCCACACUACCAUCUUUCUGUCUCUCUGUGUUAUAGAUAUCAUUUGUUCUUUUGCUUAUUGCAUGCUUGAUUAUUUUCAUUUGUUCAUGGGUGCAUUCAUUCGUCACACUUUGGUUCAGGCUCGUGACGUAAAAGAAUGCGGCACGAGAUAUUCAAUCUUGGUUCGAACCAACGAGUUUGCAUUUUCAAACCAAACAUUCUAACCACUACACCACAACUGCUUUGCAUGAGCUAACAGAUAACACCUGCAUUGGGGGCUGACAAAUGCAGAUGGCAUUCCAUCAGGCUCAUCCCAUGCGCUGUGCCAUGGUGCCCUGUCAUAUGCAGCACUGAUAAAGACGUGUUGCUUGUGUCAUUCCCACCCAUGCACUGUGAUGCUUGCAUUGCACAUAAUCGUUGCGAGGUUUGCAGGUUUGUGAAGCAAAUAAAGAAAAAUUUUGCCAGGUCUAAAGGCAAGCUCAGUAAAGGCAAUCUUAGAGAGCUCACUAACUGAAUGUGUACUUACUGAUGGACAGCACAUCUGUUCGCUGAUGCAUGCUUCUUGAGGUUACGGAAGGGAAGGGUCAUCUUAGUGUGGUCCAGGAGUUUCCAGUUGUUUGAGUGGUACUGGACUUCUCCUAAUGUUCUCCAGGAGUACCUGGAGUUUCUUCUCGAGAUCACUUGGUAUUCUUCAACUGUAUCAAGAAGUUGAGGGCUCAUAACUGCUGUUUUCUUUUUUUUAAACUGCCAGGUCUCUUUUUUCCAACUGCUUCUCAGCCCCUGCCAGUUUUCUUUCGCAUGUUGGUUUGCAGACAUUUUAUUUUACAUGCGAGCUGGUUUUUCAUAAUCGCUGCAGGCCUGCCAACUUUUCACUAUUUCAUCAUUGUGAUCACAUUGGCCCACUUAUUUCCUGCACUCUGCACUUAGUGAGUUGUGCUGAUGCAUUGCACACAUUUUGCCACACACACUGUCUUGAAUAGGGAAAAUGGAUAGGGAAAAUGCCAAACAAUUUGCAUUCUGGCAAUGUUGUUGAAGUUACUUAUCUUCUGUAGUUGGAUUAGCUGGAUACAGAUUUGUGAAUUGAUAUUCCACAUAACAAUAAGGUCAUCUGUAGGCUUAUUGCAAACUGGAGGAUGUUGUGUGUGAUUAUUGUUCUCAUGUAUGUCCUCGUGUAGGUUUCAGUACAUCCAACUGUAGUUGAAUCUCAUGUAUGCGCAAGAAAAUGUAAUGGGAGAACCAGUUACAAUCAGCUCAGCUGUAGAACUUGCAGAUUGAGAGCCGAAGCCCCAAGUCCUUUAACUGUAACUUAUUGGUCUAACUUGGUCAUUCCAUUUCUAUUUGUAAUGAGCAUAAGAAACCUGUAAAAAAAAAACACUAUUGACUGAAUUUACCAGUUAUAACACUUCAACUGAGUAGGUAUUUUUACCUCAGGAGAUUAUGGAACCAUACCAUGCUCAACAGGUCAUUUGAGGGGCACAGGUUUAGUCCAUGUACAUUGAAAAAAAAAAACAGAGAAGUGUUGCUACAUUUUACUACUAAUAUUCAGUGGAAAGUCAUGCGCCUUCCUGUUACCUCAGCCCAAAUGGCCAGGUUAUCGAGAUUGUGGUGGUCUUCUAUUUUAUGUAUAGUAUGCACACAUGGACUACCACAUUUUCACAGACAAUGAUUUUGGCUGUUAUUUUGUACUUGUUACUGCAGCUGUACAUAGUAGGUGUAUGGCUCAGAGAUUUAGAGUUUUAAUGCAGUGUGCACAUUGCUGUAGAAGGUACACGGUAACAUUUUAGCCACCAAACUGCAAUGGGACCCGCCAUGGUUGCUUAGUGGCUAUGGUGUUGGGCUGCUAAGCACAACAUCGCAGGAUCGAAUCCCUGCCACGGCGGCCGUGUUUCGAUGGGGGCAAAAUGCAAGAACACUCGUGUACUUAUAUUUAGGUGCACGUUAAAGAACUCCAGGUGGUCCAAAUUAUUCCGGAGUCCCCCACUUCGGCGUGCCUCAUAAUCAGAUCGUGGUUUUGGCACGUAAAGCCCCAUAAUUUAAUGUUUAAACUGCAGUAGGACAUGCAAUUGCUUUGACCUUCUAGAGAAAUACUGACCUGCAUCUUUGGUAUAAAGUCUGUUAGUUAGGUUACUUGGGUCACACAACAUAAACUGUCUUUGUCGUGCAGGCUUUGCUUUGCACUUUCUCUCUCACAAAAAGGACAAGUUCUGUUCAGGCUUGAAGAUGUUGUGAUCACAACUAGAUGUUGCAAGGUUGUUUUAGAAUUUGUACAGCAUGCCGUGGGUUCUGUCCUUGUGUAAAAAUAUGCAUUACUGGUUAACUCAGUGGUAGAAUCUCAUUUACUGCAUCAUCUAUCUUUUGUUUUGCACUGAUGACACUACAGGGUAGGUGUGACAUAGUGCACUGCUACUGAAGCCUGAAAUACACUGUUUAUUUGCCGGUUACUUGCUGGCAGUGAUGAGAAAGGUGCUUAAUUUUGUGCUCUUGAAUACACUGUUGCUCAGCAUAAUUCAAACUCCUAACUUAAUUCAGCAGGCUCUGGCACAAAGAGAAGUAUGUCCGAAACACCAUGGCAGUACACUGGUGGGUUAGUACUAUAGCUGUAGUAUACUAUAGCUGAUGCAAGGUUCUAGUAUUCCAUGGUUACAGGCUCAAGUUGCGGCUGUGUUGCUAAAGACAGAGUCUGGUCUGUAUUACUUCUCUUUGUCUUGUAGAAAAUAAGGAAUAUGCCAACAGUGUAACAGAUUUUGCAAUUGUAAAUGGGCACCAUACUGACGGGUGGGUACAUACAGACCCUGCUUGUUUGUCUUAUUAUGGGCACGUCUGAACCUGCUUGGUUCUGUCCACAUUUUUUAACUGGUUGUGACAGUUUGCUCAUGCAAAUUGGCAAAAGCCAGAAAUUUGUCUUGGAGGACGUAUAACUCAUGUGUAAAACAACCUAGACUUUGAUAAGCUUUGCUGUUGAGAUAGCAUUUUGAAUUUUACUUUCGAACUUGCUUGUGUGUCAGCAAAGUGCAUUGUGGUGCAGUGACAGCAUCCUUUAAUUGCACACUCUGUAAUAAUGAACAGCACUUUUAUUUGUACUUCACUGUGUCUACUUGCAGGGUUAGUUCCAAGAGGCUCAAGCACAAAUGUUGCUUGCUUUUUUAGUAACCUUGCUACAUAUGCCCUCCACACUUGUUUAUCUUACCUUGUUGAUUUGUUUGUUCAAUCUUAUCUCAUGAGAUCGGUUGCAUAAUCGCACUAUACUUUAUGUAGUGUGUUGAAGCAAUUUUUGCUGCAAUGAUUGUCAACUGUAGUGUAAGGCUUUUAGCAUGUUUCUUCCAAGCAGAACAAGAUAUAACAGUGCCCAUUUGGCAUUGUUGAUGUGUAGUAUGCACUAUAUAGCUUGGCUUGCAAGUGUUCCUUGUACAUAGAAUGACUACAAGAACAUGUAUGAAACAUCAAGAUACAGAGAUUUCAACUCUUGAAAUUAUGAGUGAGAUCGUUGCACGAGGCUGAUUGUGUGCAAAAUAUUGGUGAUGGAAAUAAAAUAUGGAGUCUGCAGAAA